UCUUGUGCAUUGCAUAUCUCAGUAAUUACUAUUUUUAGCUAUUACAUAUUAUGUGUUUUUAACUCGCCACAAAGCAAGGAUAGGAAUUUUACGACUUAAAGUUGUGUUGCUGAUACCUUCUGACACAUUUAUUAAGAUGGAAUCACUUAAUUGGCCAUGCCAGAGACGUGUAUGUUACAUAUAUACCGCGUCUCGAGCUCGCGCCACGUGAAAUAGCCGACGAAGGACAACAGUUACGUACAUGUAGCCAUCAAUGUGUGUACGUUUGUUUCGAUGAAGUUGUACAAAGUUCUAUUUUUCAGAAACAGGAACAGAUAAGCCCAAAUUUGAUGGAACACAAUGGAAGGUUUCAGUGUUUAGUCACAGUGUCAAUGGCGCUAACGUUGAUCUACAACACCAACGCCAAGACAUGUGAUUUGUAUGCAAGAUUUAUGUCCAGUAGCGGUGAGGUUAGUCAGUACUGCUACAAAUGUGUAGGUGACAUCAAUGAUGAUUACUACCUCAGGGAUUGUGUUAAUCCAAACUGCCAUGACCCAAAGUUUGAGAUCAUUGAAAAUGGCAACUUGUCAUUCUACAAGUGCUGGACAAGUUGUGGUGGACCACCCAUGGCCUGCGAACCCCUAGUGUCCUAUGAUAAUGGGGGGUACCUCUGUAGUGAGGACAUAGAACGAAACUUAACCCCAAGGAAGUUUCUAGCCUGUCAGACCUGUCACGCAGCCUGUUCCCAUGGUUACCAUCUGAAGCAACCAGUGACAAAUACAUGUUUGAGGAGAAACUCCACACACAUAGGAUGGAACGCCACUGAAGUCAAGCCAUCCUGUAUCAGCAUAACACAAAUCUGUGGUGCUCCUGACAUCCUGGGUGUGACCUUGGAGGGUUGUGUGACCUACGAUGACUUUGACUCCUCCACCAAACAGUAUUCGUACCACCAGGAGUGUACAGCCAGGUGCCAACCUGGUCUAUAUCAGGUGUCUAAUACCAACACCUCUUGUGGAGAAAAUGGAGUCUGGAGUGACCUAGAUAGAAUGGAGAAGAUGUGUGUCGAUCCCUCGCUAGGUUGUCAGAUGACAAAACCGCCUUCUGGGAGCUGGAACUGUACUGGGGUUUGGUUCAACAUCACCCAUAUAUCCUCUGGAUCCUUAUGUCAUCUUGAUUGUGGUGACCUCAACGGUAACGGGAAUGUCGUGGUGUGUAAUAAUACACACCUGUCCCGUUUAUAUGCAAACUUACAACACCCAUUCUGCUAUCCACAAACGACAGAUGUCAAAGAAACCAGAUUUGAUCCAAGUGUGACUGUAGCUGUUGUCGUGAUAACACUGAUGGUGCUGGUAUUGGUAUAUACAUGGUAUCGUUUAUCACGUACAACCAAUGAGAGGAAUGGAAGUUCGCUUCCCUCAGAAUCAUCACAGUCCAGCAGUGUAGUAAUGAUACCACUUAAUUCAGAUUCAAGUGUACAUGAUCCUGCAGCAAGUUCCAUUGUGCAUGGUUUAGCACAAGUGCAGCCAGGUUCCAGUGAGCAUGAUUUAGCACAAGUGCAGCAAGGUUCCAUUGUGCAGGAUUUAGCACAAGUGCAGCCAGGUUCCAGUGAGCAUGAUUUAGUACAAGUGCAGCCAGGUUCCAGUGAGCAUGAUUUAGCACAAGUGCAGCCAGGUUCCAGUGAGCAGGAUUUAGCACAAGUGCAGCCAGGUUCCAUUGUGCUUUAUUCUGAACCAGUGCCGCCAAGUGCAAGAAUGCUGCCUUCAGCAGCUGGCGGGAUGUCUUUAUCAUUAGGAUCUGAUUUUGGCAAUGACAGUGCACUGGACGGUUUGUUGACUAGUGGAGGAAGAGUUAGCCUUGACGAAGCUGCUGAUAGACUAUAGAUCUUCCUUUACACUCCCCUGUACAUUGGGAUCCUCAUGAGGCAUCAGUGGGACUCUGUCACAAAGGUUGCUGUGCAUUAACAGAUAGCCUUUUACCACAGGAGGAAGAAAACAGUCGGGAGUAAAAGGGCGACAAGUACUAGAAAACUUUACUACAAUCUGUUCCUAUUUUACAAGUGGUCAAAUAUUUUGUGACCUACACCUCAGGGGCAUCAACCAGGAUGAGGCCUAAGGUGAUGUUAUUUGUCCAGUAGCAUGCAGGGAUGAAAGGUUGUCAAGUGUGUUAAAAUGAAUGACAUUCAGUCAUAUUUAAUGACAAAAAUUUGUUCAAAAUUUCAAAAAACUUCUUCUGAAAAGCCAAAAAGCCUAGGGAGAUCAUGGUAUUCAGCCAGUUUUUUGCUGGGAAAAGGUCUAUUAAUUUCGUUCUUAUGAAUUACCUUAACCCAUAUUCAAGGGUCCUGGAAGGUCAAAUGCAUUGAAAACAAUUUAAUAACUUCUACUAAAAGUCCUAGUGUGGUGAUCUUUGGCCAGUAGUGUCCUGAAAUAAAAUACUAUUAAUUUUGUUCAAAUGAAAGACCUUUACCCGUAUUCAAGGUCACAAUAAACAAGAGACCCACAGUAGUGAAAUUUAGCAAUUACAUGUUACAUGUUAGGAAAAAGGGCUAUGAAGUCUGUGGAAAUUAAUGUCCUUGACUAAUCUUCAAGGUCACAGGUCAAAAGAAAAUCUUUAAAUGACUAUUUCUGAAUAUCAAAGAAAUGACAACAUAAAGGGUUAUAUCAUUUGUUCCAAUGAAUGACCUUGACCCGUUUCCAUAGUGACAGUAUGUUGAGAUUGUUCAGCCUCUUGUUAUCAAUCAGGAAGCCUAGGGUGAUUGUAUUUGGGCAGUGGCAUGCUAUGAUAAUGGGCUAUCUAGCUAGUUUAUUCAAUUGAAUGAUCUUGACCCAGUUUCAAUGUCAUUUGUUGACAUUUUUAAAAACAUUUUAUUGACUUCUGAAUGAUAAAAGAGGCUUGCUGAAGUACAUGAAAAUUGGCAAUGUAGGUUAAUUGUUUACAUUAAUAUGAUGGGUUAGUUUUUAGUGACCAAGAAUUAGACCAUUCACUGCAUUGGAUUAACUAAAGCUGGCUCUAAUUAAUAAUGACUUAAUGGGAUCCAAGGUAGAUUGUUAGGUAUUUAUUUGACUCUCCUACAGAUCAAUUGUGGCAUACUAAUUAUCAAUAUAUUUUGAUGGUGAAAUUUGAGUAAGUGUGUAGCACAUGUUUAUAUAGCUUCAAAACUGUCACUUACUACUAAUGAUAUCAAUAGUACAGUACAUCAUACAUCUAACAUCUCAACAGGGAUUGAAAUAAUUGAUAUCGUCAAUCUCAAGGUUCCAAUACAAUAAGCAGUUACAAACAGUGUGAUGACUUCAAUACAUCUCUGCACAACAUCAGUCCCUUUUUUAAGUAUAAAUUUUAAAUAAAAUGUACUUAGAUAGACAUUGUAAAUGCAACAUGUAAUGAGUAUAUAGUUGACGUAGAAAUUAACAAAAAGCCUAUUUGGAAAAAAGCUCAGAAAAAACUAGGGUAUGUCAGUGAUAUAUACCAGACACUGGGUAAUUAGAAAUUAUAAAACAAUCACUAUGUCAUAUGGCCAUGUCAUAAAUAUGGUAUUACACAUGUGUAAUAAAACCUAAAGGUGCUGUGAUUGGUCAAAACGGUGGGAAAAUAUUCCUAUUCCACUACAAAUGUGUGAACUUUAUUAACUGAUUUUUAGCUCACUUUAAACAACUUCUUCUGAAGAAAGAACGGCCUAGAGUUGUAAUAUGUGGCUGAAAGCUUUGUUGGUAGGAGCCUGACAAAUUUGAGAUUUAAAAUGACAUUGACCUACUUUCAAGGUCAC